UGAGAUCAUGUCUGUAUGCCUUUUCCAGGUUCAUACCAGCCAAGCAAUGAGCUGAUGCUGCGCUUCUACAGCUACUUCAAGCAAGCGACAGACGGACCGUGCGACAAACCGAAACCAGGCUUCUGGGAUGUAGUCAACAGAGCAAAAUGGGAGUCGUGGAACAAAUUGGGCAACAUGACUAAAGAUGAAGCGAUGCAAGCGUACGUAGACGAGUUACACAAGAUCGUCGAGACCAUGUCGUACAACUCGGAUGUAGCCUCGUUCCUGUCAGUGGACGACGAUGACCAGGGUUUCCCCAGCAACGACCUGGAGUUGGUCGCGGGAGACAUACUGGCUAGGGUCAGAUCCACACAGAAUACGCCUAUAGAGUCGCGGUCGGUAAGCGGCGAGUCGUCCCCGCUGCGCGGCGGCUCACCCACCCGCGCCCGGCACGACGACGACGACGACGAGUUCAUCGACACCGUCGACAUGGACGCUAGCGAAGCGGAGGCGGCCGCCCAGCGAGCUGCGCUGCGUCUCAGCAAUGGACACGCACAUCAGAUAUCCUCGCAGCUCACUCAUUUGAAAGUGUUGGAACAGCUGCCCGGCACCCUGGCACGGCUGGAGGCUGACGUGGCGGCGCUGAGGAAGGCAGUCGAGGGCGACCGCAGGAUGCUUGAUCAGCAGGCGCGCUGGCGCUGGCCGUGGCAGGAGCUGUCGAAGCCGACGCUGGUAUUCGUGCUGCUGUGGCCGCUGAUCGCCUUCCGGCUGCUGUCCCGUCUGCAGCGGCCCGCCAGGGACACGUCUUAACGGCAUGGUACAACAAUCACAUAGUUAUUAUAGUAAGGGGAACAAAAAGUGUCUGAUAGACUUAGUUGUCUGUGGUUUUUAUGGUACGGAUAUCGUCUAUGGUAUCCAACUUUUGUGAAUAAUACGGGAUUUUUAUAAUGUAGGUGUGUUGUGCGGUGAAUUUUGUGAUAACGUGCUUAUGUUACUAGAUGGCGUUAGUGGCUAGUAUUUAACACUUGCCCAGUGAUUGGUUUGGAAGCUCGACAGUGUGAGGCCAAGUUCGCAUACAUGUACAUACGUACAUGAAAUGCCAUCUAUUAAGAAAAUUUAGAACUUUGUAACAUUCUUUGAAAGCUUUGAUCGAGAUAGAAUGUUGUUUUUUGAUUAGCAUCCGUUGGGUCGUAUGAUUAAUUGGUUUGUAAUGUAAAAAAAAAAAUGUGGACGAAGUCGCAAUGUAUUUAUGGUCAUUUGUAAAAUAUUGGUAAAAAAAAAACAUUUUUUAACGCACGUUUUCACAAAAUUCAACGAAAAUUAUGGUGAGGUGUAAUAUUUUUAUAUAGCUAAUAGUUGUGACGUAUGACUUAGCCUUUCGAACGCUCUACUUUGUAGCAGUCGCCGUGCCCCUAGCGUCCGACUCGAAUCGACAACUGUGCAUUGAACCUCCUUGGACGAAUAAUUUUAAUAUUCUAACUUUUUGUUCUAUAUUCUCUUUCUCUUUCAGUACUGUCUUAAUGUAAUUCGCCCGUAGCUAGUUAAAUAAACGAAAACUACAUACCUACAAAGACUUUCUCUGUCAGAUGCGACACGAACACUACGGGCACGAAAAUAUUUGUUAAAUAAAUUCGAUGGGGCGGUUAAUAGGUUAAACUUUAUUUAUGUACAUAAUACACUGGUGCGCAGCUAAACAAAAUUUGCUAGUAAGUACUGUUUUUUACUUGUUUAAUUUAUUAAACAAUCAUUGUGUGAUUAGUAUGAAAAAUUAACAUUAAAACUUAAGUCAUACUAUUUAUUAUAAAAUAUGAAAUAUUUUUGUUGCCUUUUAGCAUUUUAACGACGUCAUUAUUAAAUUUAACAGAAGAAGGACAGAGUAUUUUUAUUUCGACAAAAACAACAUAAAAAUGUCUCUGGCAAAGACAAGUAAAAUAUAUAUAUAUAUAUAUAUAUAUUAUUAUGUAAGUAAAUUCAACUUUUCAUUUAAUUUAACCAGAUAUUUGUGUCGAAUGUAAAUAUACAAUAACACUUAUACAGACAAAUCAUUUAACACAAAAUACUUUUUAUCCCUAGAUAUUUAUUCAUUUUAGGCGCUAUAAUUUCAAAGAAACAUACAAAGAUUGUUUAUUAAAUAUUUCAAGAAAAAAAAAAAGCUACAACUGUUUAGACUUUAUUUCAAACAUGAAGUCUCAUUCGACAAAUAACUAAAAUUACAACAACAAGAGGUAAUGUGGUAAAAUCGAAUUCGAUUUCAUGCUUCGAAGGUAGUGUUCUUCCAACAAAAUUGAACAUUUUCACCAAAGGAACGUGGGUCGAAAAAUGACAAAAGAAAAUUGAACCUCUCAUACUAGAGAGCGAGACGCGCCUUCUCAGUAUGGGAGGUAAUGUUAAUUUAUUCAUCUAUGUACUAAAUAUACAUUACAUAUAAGCAACGGUUACCAUUUUCCAUCAGGUGGGCCGUCAGUUUGUUUGCCAUUCGAAUUUACAUAAAAAAAAUAUACUUUUGCUACAUAAGUCGAGAAUAAAUAAUGAAAAACUUUACAUUCCACAUUAUGAUGAAAUCUGUUAACAAAAUCUUUAUUAAUUGUUAAAGAAAUAAAUAAAAAAAUAUUGAUGAAAGAAUUUGAACUCUUAUUUCAGCGUAUUAAAGUUUAAUUUAGUUAUAUAUCAAAUAAGACUUUGUAUUUGUAUUAAAGUAUAACGAACGAUUACAUAAUUGAAAUGUAUAACCAAAAUUGUAAUGUCAAAGUAGAAACUUGGAUGGAACACUACCGUGCCACUUUUAUUCCAUGAUUUCUGUGCACUAUUAGGGGACCCACGAUUCGGUGUUUGUACGUAUAUCAUCGGACUUAGCUUUAUAUUCUAGUUCGUUAAAAAAAAAAAAAAAAACAAUUCUUUUUACCAUACUGCCAAAGAAAAGGGUAAAUUUUUUUUUGUUCGCGUUCUAUUUGACGAACUAGUGUAUAAGGCUGACAAAUUCAAAACCAUAUUGCAUUUUUGAUAUAUAUUUUUAUGUUAAAGGUUUUUCUAAGGUUUUUUUUUGAUGGGUGAAAAUGGUAUGGUAACACCGCCUGCGCUAACGGGAUACGCUGGCGGAGUACCAGUGAAGGGCGAUAGAUGAGAAUGAAAACAGGCCAGUUAGCCCAUCAUGAUGAAUUCAUCAGGAAUUAACCAUGAUAGUUUCCAGAGGGAACCGCGAGAAGGUCGACCUGGUUGGGUAUAUUGCUAGCAAUGGGAUUCUCAGUCUCCAUUACUAACAAUCCCUUUCCCCCCGGUUUUUCUUAGUUAGUUACUUCGUAUUGUAGGUACGUUUGUUACUCUUGCACGCGAAAGCUACUGGCCGGAUUGGAUUGAAAUUUGGUUCAUGCAUAGUUUGCCCUAACCUCUGGAAACCAUCGUGAUACAUUUAUUGUUGAAUUUGUCACGAUGGGCUAACUGACCUGCUUCCUCUUCACUUGUCAUCCUUCACUGGUGCCCCGCCAGUGUAUACCGAUAGCGCAGGUUUUUUUUAAUGGGUGAUAAUGGUAUGGUUACUCCGUCUGUGCUAUCGGUAUACACCGGCGGGAUACCAGUGAUAGAUGACUGACGAGGAUGAAAGCAGGUCAGUUAGCCCAUCCUGAUGAAUUCGACUAGAAUUAGCCACGAUGGUUUCCAGGAAGAACCACGUGGAGGUCGACCUGACAGGGUAUAUUGCUAGUAAUGGGGCCAAAUAGCCCCAUAUCCCAAACAAUCAAAAAAUAACAAUCCCUUUCCCCCCGAUAGCGCAGGUUACCAUUCCAUUAUCAUCAAUAAAAAAAAAACCUAACCUAACUUUGAAUACAGUAUACUUUAUACAUUGAUCACGCGGACGCGGACGAAACCGCGGGAUAGAGCUAGUAUUCUAUAUAAAUAUCAACAGUACACUUUCAGACUUUUGUACACACAAGAAGUUUCACAUUUGAACAAUCCGAAUGAAAAAACUUUUGGCGGUCUUUUGGCGUUGCGUUUUUAGGACGGUUUUUUGAUACGACACUUCAUCUAGAUGUAUAUGAUUUAUUACAAUUAAAAAUGUAUUUAUUUAUCAUUCCAUAAAAUAAAAAAAAAAGUUAUUUACAACGCAAAAGGUUAUUUAUGAGGGUGCAUACCUAGGGGUUCUACAACUGCCUUAAAUAAAAAAAAAAACAAUUUUCAAUAUUUCUGAAUGAAUUAUGGAAUUGUUGUUCACUAUCAGUGAACAAAAACGUUAGUCUCGCAAUAAUUCUGAGUCCAGGAAUGGCAACGCAUGGGGGGUAUCAUGGGCGAAACAGUAUACUCUGUUAUGUCCAUGGUACUGCUCAUGUCUACAGGCGACGGUUACCACUUUCCAUCAAGUGGGCCGUCAGCUUGUUUGCCCUUCUAAGUUGUAUAAAAAAAAUCUGGACCGGUAACGCUCUCUUGACAUCCCUAGUGUUGCACGUGUCCAUAGACUAGAAUGACCGUUUACAACCGUUACAAUCAAACGGGCUGUAUACCAGUUUGCCAUCUUCGUGGUAUAAAAAAAAAAAAUGUUCCGAAAUAUUGGAAAUUGUUUACUUAUUGGUAUCAAAGAAUCUGUGUUUGUUUUUUAAUUUACAAAUAAUUAAGAGUCGAUUCUGAGGCGUCAUAUUUUUUAACCUAUUUCUUAAACUAAUAUUUUAUAAUAUCGCAACAUUUCUGUUUUAUGGACCAUUGUCAAGUAAUUUUAACGUAAAUCUAUUAGGAAUUUAUUUCAUAUUGGUCCUUGGAAUAAAGAUUUCGCUGGUAUAUCAAAUUGUUUUAUUUUUAAAGAUAGAUUUAAAGAUAGGAGGCUUCAGAAACGACCCCGUUGGCACACAUAGGUAAGAGCUUUCAUAAUUGCCGAAUGUACAUUAUUGUGAAUACCUUGCUUAUAUUUUUUUUAUUUGUACAUAUCGACUAUAUUCUUUCGCAUUCAAUUGUUACCUAAUUUCAUAUUUUUAAUAUUUUUAUACACAUAUUUAGAUAAGUGGCAACCUAUGUUGUUUAUGUAUGUUAUUUGUGAUAUAUAGUUAAUAAACAGUUACCUAUA